AUGGACAGCGUGUAUAAGCCCUCCUCCACAGAGAGGGUUCUGCUGCUGGAGAAGGAGCUGGCAGAGAGGCUCAGCGAACUGAAGGCUGGGUUGGAAGAACAGGGGCUCCUUCCGGGAACAGCCAACCGGGUCUUCAGCUCCGUUCAAAUACCAAAGGAUGUCGCCCACUUUAGACGUGAACGGGAAGAGGCUCUGAAGAGGACCCUCCAGGUGGCCGAGUCCAAGCCCCUUGUCAUUCAGGCAGAUGUCCUCAAGAGGGAGCUAGAGAGCUGCCUAAGGAGAGAGUACACACCGGAAAAUCUUCCCCUGCUUCUGCUGCAGCAUUACACAGAGAGAAUCCUGCAGCUGGGCCAGAGUAAGCAUUUGCACGUUCUGAGGUGGAAGAGGCACUGCCAAACCAGUGAGACCAUGGAGGAGCUCUACCCUCUCUACAAGAAACAAGUUGACUACAUCAUGCAGGAGUUCAAUGACUCGGUUCAGAGAGCACAAAGACUGUCGGUUGCUAGAGAAAACUUCCUUGUGGGAAAGAACAACCCUCCGGACCUCGUGACUCCGGAGGACCUGGCGAUUUACACCAGGUGGUUAGUGUGCCACCUGCAGGCCCUUGGGACCGUUCACCACUACCUGCAGGCCCUCCAGUAUUUGCCCAUCUCCAAAGCGCUGAGUCUGGCUGAUAGGCAAGUCCCGGGAUUUAGUGAGGAAAAUGGGAAAGUCUGUGACACCAACCUUAACGCUGUAUCUCCUGGUCCUCUGGGUCCCAGUGUUUCAGGGCCAGGGAGAACAGAUGCUGCGUUUGUCUUGCCUCAGCACAUGACAGACAGGGAUGGUCUGAAACCUCAACUGAAGCCUCUACUCUCACAUUUCCACAUCCCGUACGACGUGCAAAAGCUGAGGGACUCAGCCAAAGAGAUGGAGCUCUUCUCCUUGGUUUCUCAAAACUUCCGAAGCAUCUUCACGGAGCAACAAAGGAUGUGGACAUUCCCAGACCAUGAGGCCGGGAGAGCCGAAGUGCAGAACCCGACUAUGUCAGGACCCACAACCACCCUGAAGAAGAGAGCCACCUGGGUUCCCUUUGUGAAGGUCAAGCCGAAACGUGACCCUUGGCAGAAGAAGAUGCUGACCAGACUCAAAGAGCACAAAAGACUAGACGACUUAAUGCACCUCCAGUCACAGUUUUUGAAGAUUUCUGACCCCGUGCGAGUCAUGCAAGUACUCCAGGACCACGCUGCGAAGACAGUGCCUAUGACGCCACAUGACCCAUCUCCCCCAACUUCUCAGGCUCCGAGUCCGUGCAACUAUGACCACAUCUGGAAGAAUAUUUAUAGCAACCCCAAGCUCUACCAGGCUGAGAAUGUGAAGGAAGACAGCUUUUCAGUGGAGCCAAGUGACAAUGACCCCACAAAACCACAUCUCAGCCAGAGUUCAGAGGGGUCUCUCAAGCAGAAAACAGAGACAGGAUACAAUUAUGGUGUGACUCUGCAACUGCUGGGCUUGAGUGACGGGACUGAGCCUGACAGGAAUCCUGUCUUGACGAGAGGGGCCUACUUAUCCUUCCUGUGUCUGCGCCACCUGCACAUCCGGGAGCUACAGCGCAUCUGUUUGGGAGUCCUUAACUACUUCAGAUCAGUUGAGCGAACUUUGACAAUGAACACUUCAGGCCUUACCUUGGUUUCAGGGACCCUGGUCCCCACUCUGGGAGAUAGUUCUUGGGUAAAUGUGGCAAAAGGAGGCUUGAGCACCUUACAAGGCCUAGGAGCUCACCACUAUGUCCAUGGGACUCCUGCUGAGCACAAGGUCCACAGCAUCCAGUUCCUGGAGUUCUCGGAAGCUGAGAACCAGCACGACUUCUACAGCACAGAAGCUGGCUGCAUCCACACCCAGGAUCAGCUCGGCGUGUAUGUCGUGUAUGACACCGCCCUGCAGGAUUUGAAGGAACUGGAGUCAGAGCUGCUGCUCGUUGCUAGCCAUUAUAUUGAGAAAGAAAAAAGCCACAGAGAGGACAGCAGGUCGGAGGGCAGCCAGCGCCUCGGCUGGGCCAAUGCGAACGUGGACAGAUUUGCCGUGCUGUACGACCUGUGGGCCUGCGAGGCGAAUCUUCUGGAGUGCAAACGCCAGCUUCUUGAUAGUUACUUGGAAGCCUACCAGCACACCUUGGACCCUGAAGAACGGCUUGCUCUAGCACAAGCCAUGACUGACAUUAUGCACCGACGCCCUAAGUUGGAUUUCAGCCACUCAUAUUUCACUAAGGCCUACCAAGACGACUGCACCUGCCUGAGGCUCCACCUGCAGCUAGUGAGGAGCAUCCUCAGCUACCACUUAGAGCAGCAGCAGGAGUACGUCCAGAGUCUCUGGCGAGGGGAUCAUCCUGAGGCUCACAAGACGUUCGGUCUUCCCCUGAACAUAAUUUGCAAGCAAUUUGUUUCCAUCAACAACAGCUGCCCAGGUUCGGAAAACGUCCAUCUGCUGGAGCUCCACCCUUCCCUUGGCCAGGCUGGCCUCAUCCCCAAGGCUCUGCAGCACCUGUUGCGGGAGGCUCGCCACGCCCACAAGGCUGCGUCACCCAGCGGGCUCGCCCAGCUGGAGAUUCGCGUCUUGCGGCUUGCCCUAGACUUGUGGCUCACCCCAGCCAAGCCCGAGGCCUGGUACAGCGCACAACUCCAAAGAGAUCUCUUUUCAGCCAAAGUGAUGGGUGAUCCCUUCCUCGUGGAGGAGGUGGGCCUGCUUGCGCUCAGGUCUGCGGUGGACGAAGAGCAGAAACAAGGCCAAGAUUUCCAUGCACUGCUCCUGGACACGUUCUCCAAACUUUUGGAACUGCUGACCCUGCGUCACCGGCUAAUAGACGCGAGUGUGGCCAGUGCAUACUUGGCUGGGCUCUAUAAGGAAUUGGCACUGGAGAUGGGUUUUGAAGAAUCACAUUUGCAUCUGAGGCCGAUUCCCUUUGAGUUUGCAGCACACAAGGACAAGGUGGACCCACCCCCGCCGGUCUUUAUAACUUCUCUGCUGGAGGACAGCAGUCGGGUAGACAGAUACUGCCCCACCUCCCUCGCCUUAGCCAUCUCUGAGCUGGAUGACACCCAAGUCGGCAAAUUCAGUUUUUACACAAAAGAAACCAUCCUCAAGCUCUUGGUCCAUUCAGGAGUGGAAAAUAUGCAAGUGACCCUCGCAUGCCAAACUGCUCAGAAAAAUGCUCUGAUGGUGGCCAUUCAACAGGUGUUCUUUUAUCACAUCCCCGGCGUGGACAGCCCUGUUGAUGUCAAGGAAACAAGUUCAGACCCGAGGCAUCAUGGUGAAAUGAGACCAAGCAGAAGAGAGUCCAGAACUGCGAAUGGCAAAGAGCGUUUGCUGUUAGCCCCGACUCUGAGAGCCCCAGGCCCCGUUUCUCAUUCUUCAGAUGGAUUUAAGACUUCUAAGAGGGCUCCAGAGGCCUUCGUGUCUAUUCAACUAGAAAAGGCGGGUUUGCGGGACCUGACACUGAACACCUUCCUGCACAGGAAGCAGACAAUGGCAGACCAGGUAAAGAGCCCUGAUGACAUUGAAAAAAUGAAGAAGGAGCUAAUAGUCGAAUAUUGCCAAAAGUUGAACCUCCGCAUGUCUCAUCAUUCCCUUCGGGGUCAGAUCAUGGCCUACUGUAACAGCCUGAGAGUUCUGCUAGACGGCUUUCCUACCAUCAGAGACACCUUCUUCAUGGUGGGACAAGCAAAUGAGAAGAAGGGAUUGAAGGAUUCCGGUGGGGAAGUCAAAGCGGACUCCAGUCGGAGUUUUCAGCCUCGGCCUCGAAGUUUGCUGUCCGCUGAUGGAAGAAUCUUCCUCAAUUUAUGGUUUAUUCCCCAUCCGUCUGAAGUGCUGCUUAUGUUCAAAACUCUGCCGGAAGAGGAAGCUUUUAGAGCCCUAAAACUGACUCUGCAGCUCGUGGCUUCUCUCCACGACAUUGUGGCCUACAUUUUCAGUUUUGCCAAACUUGGCAAUUGCUCACCGUGCUUCGACCUUCCUCUAAGUCCUAACCCUUUGAGGAGGGACUGGGGAGGAGCUGAGGGCAUUGGGACUGAACUUCAAGAGCUGCAGAAAAUGAUUGACAGUCUCCAGAGCCCCCAGGACCCGAGCCAGGUGGCCCAGGCCCUUCUCCUCCGCAGGGAGGUGACACUGCUGCAGUUCGAUGCAGCCGUGAGACAUCUCCUCCGAACGUUUUUGGCUGCGGGAAACGCUCCUGCCUACCAGUCUGUCGCAGAUGGUGCGCGCUGUGGUCUGCCACAACUGGGCAACUCUCUCAGGAAGAGCAUCUUCGCCUCACAGCUCAGCCUGCCCCAGCCACUGGAUCCUCAGAGCCUCCGGGCAUUUGAGCUGUUCCCAUGGAGGGCGUUCCUGGAAGACGGUGGACCGUUUCCAGUUAUAAGCAGCAUCCCGGACACCCUAGAGUAUGAUAUGCAGAUGUGUCUCUGUGGGCUAAGUGACCGUGACCGCAAAGUGGCCCAUGGAGAGCUGGUGGCUGUGCAGAUGCUCUUGGAAGAUGUCCUCGUGGGCAGCCGUCACACGAUCCGGAAGGCGUCUACUGAACUGGGAGCCGCACUGGACAGUGCGCAGCCAGACUGGUCCAAACUGCCAGGACUCUGCCCAAACCAAUUGGAAAGUCACCCAAAGGCUUCUGCAUUGCUGGAGGGGCCAUAUGAUGUAGUAAUGUCUCUGGCUCUGUUGAAAUCCUUCCUCAUCUUGUGGAAGCAGCUGGAAGUGCUGAAGGAACACUGGGGCCGACUCAAGCUUCGAGGGCAGGACGUCAACUCUGCCCUGCUCCACAAACAGGUCUCGGAGCUCUAUGAAGCUGAGAUCUUCUACCCCAGCAUGAAAGCUCUCGCCAGGCAGAUGGGCAAAGACGAUGAAUUUGAAGAACUUAUAAUAAGAAGCCAAUCUAUCCUCCCCCCAAAGGGAGCCUCAGAAAUGGAAAUAAAACUUCAGCAGCUUCAGAAACUUCUGGAAAGUUUAGAAAUUCACAUGAUCCAAGAAGUACUGAGAAAAGUUAAUAGAGAGAUGACACUGUUUCUAUCCGAAAAGUCCAAGGAGGAGUCCACUCUCCCAACAGAUCUUUGGAAACACCCAGUCAUGAGAGAAAACUUUUCAGUUGUGAGACCCCAGAUAGUUGAGAGAUUUGUACAGAGGCUAAUGGAGAAUUCCCAAGACAAUGGACUUGAGAUCACUUUCCAGAGGGAGCACCUUGAAGCCUGCCUCCUCUCGCUGGGCUGCGAUGUGAUGGCACGAGAACGUAGCAACUUUGAGACCUACUCCAUGUGUUAUGAGCAUGUCCUGCAGCACGCCAGGCAGAAGCUUCGCCAGAAGGAGCAGGAGGUAGACUUGCUACGAAGAAGUCAAGCUCCCCCUGAAGACCGUGCUGGCCAGAUCGCAGAGCUCAGUCAUGACAUAAUCAUGGAGAUCACCGCUCUGAGGGCCCGGCUCGCAGACCUGGAAGAGGAGAAUCUGAAUCUGGAAAUCCAGAUUAGGAAAGAGGUCCAGGAAGAGUACAGAGAAUUAGUGCAGGCUUUGUUUAUGACCUGCUUACACAUAAAGGAGAAACUGGAUGAGAAUCAGUUUAAUUUGAUCCAGAAAGUGUGUGAGCUCAUCGGUGAAGUGAGAGCUGAAGGGAUUGCCAACGUGAAGCAGCUAAAGAAAACCUGGGGCUCUGCCAGACCUGAGGGAGAAACAAAAGAGAAUGCAGCCAAAGAGCAACUGUGGGCCUUGGAACAGGACAACAGCUGCACCCUGGCUGCUCUACUGUGCAAAGCGCGGAGCCUGGGCCGCUGGCGGCUGGCUGUGCAGCAGGCACACCUCAGAGGUCAGCUGAGCAUGGCAGAGAAGGAAUCUAUUCACAGUAAAAAGGAGUGCUUGCGAAUCAAGCUAAUGGCGGAGCAAGAAGUGGCUUUACUUCAUCAACAGCUCCUGGCUGCAAGGCAAGCCCUGACCAAAGCUCAGACUGACAACAGGAAGCUGUGGUGGCAGAAUGAGACCCAGGCCCAACUGCUGAGGGAGUUGGAGCACAGAGUGACUCAAGACGCGGUCACUCGGCAGCAGCUGGAUAUCAUAAAAACAUCUGGCAUGGAGACGCUCCUGAAAGACGUGGAGCAAAAAGAGCAAAAACUGCAGCUCCUGACAGAAGAGGCUGAGCGGGCUUCGAAGCGAGGCCAGCUGCAGCAGAAGAAGAUGGACAGAGACCUGAAGCAGAUGAGAAACCGGCUCGCUCAGGAGCGCAGUAUGAAGCUGGAGGCCUUCCAACGAGUGCAGGAGCUACUGAAUCGGCUUCACGACACCAAGCAGCCCUCUGCCCACAUGGCCUCCCCAGUCGGGCUUAGAUCCCAGACCCACUGCUCCCUAAAUUCUGCCCCAGCAUUAUUCCGAUACUCUCCCCAUCAUUUUUCAAAGACUCAUCUUAUGGGCAGUAAAAUGUCAAGAAGGAUUCAAAGGCCAAAGACCGUACCGGUAAAACACAGCAGAACGGACGGUGAUUCUUUACCCAGUGUGGCAGAAAAUGCUCAACUUACAACUUUCCCAGUUCAAACAGCGCCAUCAUCCGGGAUUUCAUUCAGACCUGAAAGGUAA